CACUCUUUCCUCUUUCCUCUCACCUUCCCUCUCUACUCUCUCUCUCUCUCUUCAACAAACACAAUGUUACUAAUCAUAUCCUUCACCAUCGCCUUCUUCAUAUUCUUAUUCUUCCACACACUAUUCCAUCAAAAGCUACGUUACUGCAACUGCGAGAUCUGCCAUGCUUAUCUCACUUCAAGCUGGCGAAACGACUUCGUCAAUCUCGGCGAUUGGUACGCCCAUCUUCUCCGGCGUUCUCCGACGUCGACGAUCAAAGUCCACGUCCUCAACAGCGUCAUCACCGCGAACCCUUCGAACGUCGAGCACAUACUCAAGACGCGUUUCCACAACUACCCGAAAGGCAAACAGUUCUCCGUCAUCCUAGGGGAUCUCUUAGGCCGCGGGAUAUUCAAUUCCGAUGGUGACACGUGGCGUUUCCAGAGAAAGCUCGCGAGUUUGGAGCUCAGGAGCGUCUCCGUUAGAGUUUUCGCUCACGAGAUCGUCAAGAUGGAGAUCGAAACGCGGUUAAUCCCGGUUUUGAACUCGUUCUCGACCGAACCCGGUUCGGUUCUGGAUCUGCAGGAUGUUUUCAGGAGAUUCUCGUUCGACACGAUCAGCAAACUGAGUUUCGGGUUCGACCCGAAUUGUCUCCGGUUUCCUUUUCCGACGUCGGAAUUCGCCGUCGCGUUCGACACGGCUUCGAUGCUGUCGGCGAAACGCGCGUUGGCUCCGUUUCCUCUCUUGUGGAAAGUCAAAAGAAUGUUUAAAAUUGGGUCAGAGAAAGAGCUUAAAGAAUCUAUCAAUGUUAUAAACCGGUUAGCCGGAGAUUUGAUCAAGCAACGGAGGUUAACCGGUUUAACUAAUAAAAACAACGAUUUGAUCUCGAGAUUCAUGGCGGUUGUCGCGGAGGAUGACGACAAGUAUCUCCGAGACAUCGUCGUAAGCUUUCUAUUGGCUGGUCGGGACACGGUUGCAGCCGGUUUAACCGGAUUCUUUUGGUUAUUGACACGUCACCCGAAAAUGGAGAACCGGAUACGUGAAGAAUUGGACCGGGUCAUGGGCCCCGGUUUUGACUCAUUCACUGCCUCCUGCGGUGAAAUGAGAGAGAUGCAUUAUUUGCAUGCGGCGCUGUAUGAAAGCAUGAGAUUGUAUCCGCCGGUUCAAUUUGAUUCCAAAUUCGCUCUAAAGGACGACGUUCUGGCUGAUGGUACGCGUGUUACUGGAGGGACUAGAGUCACGUAUCAUCCUUAUGCGAUGGGUCGGAUGAUCCGCAUCUGGGGCCCUGACUACGAAGAGUUUAAACCAGAGAGGUGGUUGGAUAAGGAAGGUAAAUUCCGGUCUGAAAGUCCGGUUAAGUAUCCAAUUUUCCAAGCCGGAGCUAGGGUUUGUGUGGGGAAAGAAAUGGCCAUUAUGGAGAUGAAAUCUAUAGCCGUGGCGAUGAUUAGGAAGUUCGAAACACGGGUCAAGGGUCCCGGAUCGACCGAGACGCUCCGGUUUGCUCCGGGUCUCACGGCAACGGUUAACGGUGGAUUGCCGGUUAUAAUCAAAGUGAGGAAAGCUUAACGAGUUUUUAAUUGAGCUAGGUUCAUAAAUUAUAUGUAAAGUAAUAUAAUAGUACUUUAUUAAACGUUGAAACAUAGAUAGAGUCUGGUUUUAGCUGACCAAUUAUUGUUAACAUGCAAGCACACUUGUUGACAACAUCUAUGUGUACCAUAUAUCUAUUAUUUAAUUUAGCAA